UCUUUUGGAACAGGAACAGGGAGGGGCUUACUUAAAGGUUCCUUUCACCCACAUGUACGCAGGAAGUUGUGAGUGACUUUCAGCAACAGGAUAUAAUCCCAGACACACCCAGAGGCGGGACCAUGUCGCACCAACAAACCUCCAUCCAACGUUGGACCCUGUCCCUCUGCCCCGUCCUGUUGGCUGUGGCCUCUGCCUAUGUGUGGUUCUACCGCUCCCGCAUCUGUAAGAAGCCCCGCUUUGUAUCUGCACCGCCGUUCCGGGUAUUCCUGGAGCGCCAUUGCCCCGUAGUGCGGGAAAAGUUCAGCCCAACCAUCUGGUGCUUCGGUGGGAGGAUCCAGACGAUCCUGCGAGUGGUUCUGCUGCCCAAGCCCCCCGUGCCCUAUAGAAAUGAGAUUCUAAAAACCGCAGAUGGAGGACAAAUCUCGCUGGACUGGGUCGAUAACAAUGAGAGCUCUCGCUUCCCCGACGCAGCCUCGCGCCCCACCGUCAUCUUCCUGCCCGGGCUAACGGGGAACAGCCGGCAGAGCUACAUCCUGCACCUGGUGCGCCAGGCCAGCCGGGACGGGUAUCGAUCCGUGGUGUUCAACAACCGUGGUUUUGGGGGAGAAGAACUGCUGACCCCCCGUACCUUCUGUGCUGCCAACACUGAUGACCUGAGUGUAGUGGUGUCUCAUGUCCAUAAACAGUUUCCGGAUGCCCCUGUGGUGGCUGUUGGGGUAUCGCUGGGAGGGAUGAUGCUGCUGAACUACCUGGCUGCGCAGGGCCCCUCGGCCCGGCUUUGGGCCGCACUCUGCUUCUCCACCCCAUGGAACGUGUUCGAGUCCACUCGGUCUCUGGAGGAGCCGCUCAACUACUUUCUCUUCAACUAUUCGCUGAACAAGUCCCUGCGGAGCGCCACUGAGCAGCACCGCCGGGUCAUUGGCAGAGCGGUAGAUGUGGAUUACGUACUGCAGUCCCGCUCCAUCAGGGAGUUCGAUGAGCGCUACACCUCGGUGGUUUGGGGGUUCCCCUCCUGUGAUGAGUAUUACACCCAGGCCAGCCCGGACUCCAAACUGGGCCACAUUCGGACCCCUGUUCUCUGCCUCAAUGCUGCAGAUGAUCCAUUGUCCCCCGGGACAGCCAUUCCUGUAGCUGAAGCCUCGACCAAUCCCCACGUGGCUCUGCUCAUUCCCGCCCAUGGGGGGCACAUCGGCUUCCUGGAAGGUCUGAUCCCCAACCACCAGCAAUAUAUGGACCGGGUCUUCCAGCAGUUCGUUGGGGCCAUUUUGGAGCACAGAGAAGAGCUGAACCUGGGGCAGAGACCCUGACUAUCGAUAUCCCGCCCCCACGAGACCCCCGUUACCCGAGGGAGAGGCGACGGUGCAGCUAAAUGAAGGGCAAAUCUUACUCAGGGGUGGGACAUUCUGUGUGGUACCGCCCCCUGGCCAAGGAACUAAUACCCGGCACAGCUACUUACCUUCCCCUGAGCAACAUGACCAAGCGCAGGGACUCAUCGUGGUUUCCCCACAGAUACCCCCACAUUAAUACACUAAGUUUGCCCAGGUGCAGUAACCCAUAGCAACCAAUAAGAUUUAAACAGCUAUUAAACAGCUGAUCACUAAAUGCUGCUGCUGAUUGGUUGCUAUAACUUGCAGUAGAAUCUUUGGGUGCUGAAUAAAUCAAGGUGCUGCUCUGCAAGGCCAAGCAAGCGUCCCAUCCUUGCUCAUGAUAACUGGGGGCCAAGUAAGCCCAUAAUUACUAUGCAAAUGAAGACAAGUAACCAGUCACGUCUGGGAAUAAAGGACAAACAUAUCUGCG